GCCCGGCAGCGGAGGAAGCUGGUUUACAUACGAGUCAUACCAAGCAUAGCCUGCAUGUCAGUGCAGGGAACUUGCAGCGGGCUGUGAGCUGGACUGCCGUGUCUUUGUCCUAGGAAAUUUCCCUUCUUUCACUUUGAUUUUUUUUCUUUCCUUUUUUUUUUUUUUUUUUUUCCCCUCCGUGCUUUUUAAUUUUUUUUUAAUAAUUUGAAUAAGACUUGAAAACUUUUGAGACAGUCGCCUUUGUAACCGAAGGACACGGUAUACUUUAGUUUCCCGAAGUCUGGAAAGGGAGCGGGUGUGUGCUCCGCUCCUCCGCCUCUCCUCUGCUCCCCUUGUCCUUGGCUGCUGAACUUUGGGAAGCCGGGGGCGUCCUGGGCACCAUUUCCCCGCCUUCCUUCUCCCUCAACCUGGGCGCAAGCGAAGAAGCUGGUCUUUUUUGCUAGCCCGAUAAAUGCUAUUUAUGAAGAUGGACCUGUUGAACUACCAAUACUUGGACAAGAUGAACAACAAUAUCGGCAUUCUGUGCUAUGAAGGUGAAGCAGCUCUAAGGGGGGAGCCCAGGAUGCAGUCCCUGCCAGUGUCCCCUGCGCUCACCAACCACCGGACAGGCCCUCCUCCCAUCAGUCCCAACAAGAGGAAGCUCAGCAUGGACCAAGGGGAUGAGGAGCUAGACUGUGAAAACGACCAUGUUUCCAAAAUGAGCAGGAUGUUCAAUCCACAUCUAAAUAAGACUGCCAAUGGGGAUUACCGGAAGGAGCACAGAGAGCGGAGCCGCAGCCCCAUCGAGAGGGCGGCUGCCCCCACCAUGAGCCUGCACGCCAACCACCUCUAUGCCUCAAUCCCCAGCCUGACCAUGGAGCAACCCCUAGCACUGACCAAAAACAGCAUGGAUGCAACCCGAACAGUUGGCAUCACACCUACACUGACUUCUGUGGAACGGCAGCAGAACCGUCCCUCUGUCAUCACCUGUGCUUCCGCCAGCAACCGGAACUGCAACCUCUCCCACUGCCCCAUCGCGCACAGCGGCUGCGGCUCAGCAGUGCCCUACAGGAGACCCGCCAGCACCAGCGCUGCCUGUGACCCGGUGGUGGAAGAGCACUUCCGCCGGAGCCUGGGCAAGAAUUACAAGGAGCCUGAGCCAGUGGCAAACUCGGUGUCCAUCACGGGAACAGUCGACGACCACUUUGCCAAAGCACUUGGGGACACGUGGCUGCAGAUCAAAGCUGCCAAGGACGGAGUCUCCAGCAGCCCCGAGUCGGCCUCGCGGCGGGGACAGUCUUCCCCCUCCUCUCACAUGGUCAAUCAUAAUCACUCGCCCUCCGUGGUCUCAUGAAGAGAGGAGAGGAGAGGAGAGGACCCUUCCGUUCCUGAAUCUGCAUGGUUUGACUGAGCUUUGAGCAGUGCUUAAAAUAGUGUUGGGGGAGGGGAGGUUAGUUUUCAACACAUGUUUUUUGUGUUCUCACUUUUUAUUUGUAAAAGGGUGCCCUUCAAGAUGAUAGCAGGAACUAUUUCAUACUCACAUGAUGUAGCAUCCUUUUUUUUUUUCCUGCCUCAGUUACCAAAGAAACCUCUGAUGCAAAUCUGCUGCCCCUUAAAAAGAAGUGCACGCGAAUCCACAAAAGCCAUUACAUGUAGUUGGUUGACCCAAAUGCUUUUUGCUUUUAUUAGAUUCUCAAGACUAGAAUUUGUCUGGUUUGCUUACAUUGCUUUUUUUUUUUUUUUUUUUUCCCUCUGUGAAGUAAUUUUGUAUGUAUAUACUUGAAAAGAACUGUCAUGUAUGAUUUGCACUAUUGGAGGAGGACUGAAGUUGCAUAGCAACUUUCUGGAAGAUGCUAAUAUUUUGAGGGCAAACUGCUGAAAAAAGGGUUUAAGGAUGACAUUUCUAUCAGUUUGAUUUUUCUUAGAGCAAAACAGCUUCAGAAGGGGAAGUCUCAUACAGGUUAUAGGUCUUUCUCUCUUUAGAUUUCAGGUGCUUAGUGCUUGCAACUGGACUGCAUAAUUUACAGAACACGGGCAUUUUUUCCUAAACACUGCAGUUUGUUAGAGUAGAGCUGAGGUCGGAGGGUUCAAUAGUGCUUAACGAUGCAUGUUUUAUGAAAAAUAGCUGGUAUCUAUUAAUGUAUAGACAGUAAGAAUCAUAACACUUAUUAGCUUUUCUUCAGAAUUAGUUUAUUUUUGUCAGUAACAGUCCUAGAUAUACUUACUGCUGGUACAGUUGUACUCUAUGAUAUUUGUAUUUGAUACUCACUUUAGUAGCAGCCAGCAAGAGAGGGACAGCCUCAGGACAGGCCUCAAACGAUGCAGCUGGGGAGCUGAGGAGCUCUGCUCCUGUCUGCAGCACUGCCUGCUCAGCAGCAAUCCCCUUCCUGACACUCAGUCUGUGUAAUCCACCUUUUUAACCAGCUGCAGAAACUGCUACCCUUAGGUAUCUUGGCUGGACAACAGAUUGUUACAGUUUGUGAAAUACGAUCCUUUGGUUUUUGUUUUGUUUUUUUUAAGCUUGUUCAUAAACCUAGGCCAAGUUGCAGCAUACAUUCCUCCAGUAGAAAACUUUAUACAGGUAUUACUGCAUUUAUUAUCAUUUGCUAUAUUAAUAGCUACUAACUAGGAAUUAGGCAGUAGAGGCAGGCAUAGAGUCGCAGCUGUGCUAGUACUAAGAGCUUCUCUUCUUGUUAAGUGUAACUACUCUCCCCCAGACAUUCCAUCUUCCCAGUACAGUUGCAACUAGGGCUUUUUUUUUAUACUGGGUUACCUGAAAUGAUUGGUUCAGUGUAGAAAGUUAGAACUAGUUGGAAGAUGAACUACAAGUGAUGUAUUAUGGACUAUGUUACAGUAUUGGGUCCAUUGUGGCUUUUAUUUUUUUUUGUUUUGUUUUUUUUAAAAGUUAAGCUAUUUAAUUUGGAGAAGGUGCAGGGUAGAAGGUCGGGAGAUUGGCUCUUACUCUGGUUGAAAAGGUGGCUGCUCAAUUUUCUUUAAAAAAAAAAAAAAAAAAAGAAAAAUAAUAAAAAAACCCAACACAAGCCCCCCAGUUUUACACAUUUCACUACCAUCUUACUGGGUAGUCAACGCUUACUUGCUUUGGCAUUCAGUACCCUACUCUCUGUAGGAAGAUUGUUAAAAGAACACUUUUUUAUAUAGGUAACUUUAAGACCAUCGUUACGCUGUGCGUAAAGAAUGUACAGAGAAAUUUGUAGGUAUUUUUUGAGGAACAAUUAAUUUGUUAAUGAUAUGUAGCUAUUUAAUUUUUCCCUUUCCUUUAUUGUAAUCAUUCAUUUUUUUUGUUUUGUUUGGAGAAAAAAGUUGAUCUUUUUUUUUUUGUUGUAGAUUUGUCUGUAAUACAGUAAAAGUGCAGGAACACAGUUAUUCUAUGAGAACACUGCAUUAGCAUUAAUAGCCACUAGUUUGUUAUUGCUACAGGCUACUGAGCGUCGUAACAGGAAAGUACUAAUACUGUAGAUGGACUCUGUGGAAAAUGUGACUCCUGUAUUUCUUUGUAAACACAA